AAUUGUAUAUCAUGUGCUUCUAUUUUUCAAAGUAAAUUUUGUGAAACCGAAUGUCGUGCAUCCUGGUCAAAAGCAAAGGCAAAAAAAUUUAUAACGGGCUGAUACGUAAAUAAUCUACGGAAUUUUCAAACAUCUGCCGUGACUGAGUUAUUUUUAGCACCGAGUAUUUUUUAGGGUGUCCUGGCAAAUCCAUCCGUAGGAAAGGGAUUGAAUAGGCAUCUGCUGGCAAAUGUAGACGUGGGUAGCUAUUGGAAUUGUCUUGACACGUGUUGGAUUUUCACUUUCCUUAGAAUGUGUGACUUUGCUGAAAGCGUGUUCAGAGGCUGGGUGGAUGGAUUCCCUGCAAGAUACACUUGAAGGUUAAGUAACUACGGAUCUCAGCUAAUCCGAGUAAUCUGCUGCAACUGAAUGGCUGUUUGCACGCCUGGCACACCCGCUGAAUGCUUCGGAUUUGCUUUCUACCUUUUGCUCAGAGAACCCCUAAAAGGAGUGAUGCGUCUCUUUGCCUGUCUGUGCAUCGUGCUGAGCUGCUUGGACGGAGGGGACUGUUCAUGUCCUUCCCAGUGCAUCUGCGACUCCCCCGGCAGGAACGAUGGCUUGGGAUCCAGGUCGAUACUAUGUAACGACAUGGAUAUUAACGAGAUGCCCACCAACUUCCCCGUGGACGCCGUGAAGCUCCGCAUAGAGAAGACUGUCAUCCGCAGGAUCCCCGGGGAAGCCUUCUACUACCUGGUGGAGCUGCAGUACCUCUGGGUGAGUUACAACUCCGUGGUCACCGUUGACCCCGGCAGCUUUUACAACCUCAAGCAGCUGCAUGAGCUGCGCUUGGAUGGGAAUUCUCUGGUUGCUUUCCCCUGGGCAUCUCUGCUGGACGUGCCCCAGCUGAGGACCCUGGAUCUGCGAAAUAACAGAAUAACCAGUGUGCCAAGUGAGGCGGUCAGGUACCUGAAGAACCUCACCUACUUGGAUCUGUCGAGCAACAGACUAACCACGCUGCCGCCAGAUUUCCUGGAGAGCUGGUCUCACCUAGUUGCAACACCUAGAAGUCUGGACCUUGCACCAAGAAUCAUUCUCGGUCUGCAGGACAACCCUUGGUUCUGCGACUGUCGCAUUGCCAAGACGAUCGAGCUGUCAAAGCUCGCUGACCCUGCCGUGGUGCUUCUCGACCCGCUGCUGGUUUGCAGUGAGCCCGAGCGCCUCGCGGGAGUCUUGUUCCGGCGGGCCGAGCUGGAACACUGUCUGAGGCCAUCCGUGAUGACAUCGGCCACCAAAAUCGUGUCUGCUCUGGGCAGUAACGUGCUGCUCCGGUGUGAUGCCACUGGCUACCCGACCCCGCAGCUCACGUGGGCCAGAUCCGACAGCUCGCCGGCGAAUUACACAGUGAUCCAGGAAUCUCCAGGGGAAGGAGUGAGAUGGUCCAUAAUAAGCCUGACGGGCAUUUCUUACAAAGAUGCCGGGGAUUACAAGUGCAAGGCCAAGAACUUGGCUGGGAGGUCAGAAGCCGUGGUUACCGUGACGGUGGUUGGCGUGGUCACAACCACCCUAUCAGCAAACGCUUCUGAAAGAAGCCCCGCAGGUGGUCCUGAGCAGGCGGGCCAGCCAGGACCUGGAAGAGUGACAUCCACACCCAGUGGAUUGUCCUCUCCCUGGUCCUCUUCCUCCUCCUCUCCUUCCUCCCCGACGUCUUCCUCUUCUCUGUCUAAUUCUACUCUGUCUCCUUCCGCCACCACUUCCUUCUCUUUCUCUCCUUUCUCCUCCUCCAUUGCUUCUUCAACCACAACUCGAAGCCCUGGCAUUUCCACCAGCACCACCAUGGCCAGCCGGCCAUCACCCAAGCUCCACCCAGGUGGGAAAAGAAACUUAAAGGUGGAGAUGGGUGGAAGGAAGCUUCCCCCAGCCAGCGCAAGCAAGAGAGAAGAGCUGGCGUCCUUGGAUCAAGCAAUGCCCACGGAGACGAAUGCCACCAUAGAAAACCUCAGGGUGGUCGGCGAGACUAAAGAGAGCGUGACUUUGACGUGGAGCAUCAUUAAUACCACCCGUAACCCCGCAGUGACUGUGCUAUAUUCCAAGCACGGUGAGAAGGACCUGCAGCUGCUGGAUGCAGAUGCCAGCAAGAACCAAGUCACCAUUGACGGCUUGGAGCCCGGCGGGCAAUACGUGGCAUGUGUCUGUCCCAAAGGAGUGCCCCCCCAGCAAGACCACUGUGUCACCUUUUCUACCAGAAGAGCCGAAGACGAUGAUCCUCAAUGGUCUUUGCUUACUGUGGUGACCAGUGUCGCGUGUGUGGUUGUCUUGCCGUUGAUUUUUUUCUUGCUGUACAAAGUUUGCAGACUGCAGUGUAAGUCAGACUCUUUCUGGGAAGAUGAUUUGGCAAAAGAGACGUAUGUCCAGUUUGAGACCCUGUCUCCCAGAUCUCAAAGUAUAGGGGAGCUGUGGACGCGAAGGCACAGGGACGAUUCAGAAAAAUUGCUGCUCUGUUCUAAGGCAGGUGUGGACUCUCACGUGACUUUUAAAAGUGAGGGUUCCAAACCAGAGUAUUUUUGCUAAAGGUUCUGCAGCUCAGACACAUGCUUGCCACAAAAUCAGGAUCUAAAGGUAUAAUGGAUGCUCUGUUUGGAGAAUUUUUGGACAGACUUUCACAUUCUAUGUGAAAAUCACAACUGGAAUGCUUUUAAGCAUGUUUAAAAAAAAAAUACC